GGUACCGUUACCAUGGAACUUGCGGAAAUACAUGCAGUAAAGCAGCGGUGGUCGCGCCAAAUGGUGGCAUUGUUGGCAAAAAAGUAGGAUUGUGAGCGAUUUAAUGGUUCUUUUUGGCUCCGGGUGACUUGUUUCCAUCCCUUACACGUUUUUCCGGAAAUGCAGCAGAAGAGGGGAGAUUCCACACCAAAUAUGUCAACAUGCAGCAUCUGAAAAGAUGUCACACAUCUAAUGUGACACCGUGGACUGUCUGCAGUCAUCACCAAGAUACUUCUUCCAUGAGGACAACAAACAGCAUGUGUGUGAACAGAGGGACAAACCGAAGAGAAGGACACCUAAGGCAGCACAGCAUUUAAGGGACAAGCCACCAGUGUUUGACUAUGUGAAUGGACAAGUUGUGAAGUCAGUACUGUGCCUGCUUCAUGACCUCUGCAGUGUUUCUGUACUCAAGUAUGUAGAUCAAACAGACCUGUGCCACCAUCCAGUACCUGAGUUUUGUAAGCAUAAAGGAUACACAGCCCAAGGCAAGGAGGUGAAUAGACUGUGAGGGUUUUGGUGGUUUGUAGGAUCAGCCCAUGAAGAUGCUCCAGACUGGGAACUACUCACUGGUGCUGCUGAUCCAGCUGACACUGUUGGCCUAUGACCUCUUCGUCAACUCCUUCAGUGAACUCCUGAGAGGAGCGCCUGUUAUCCAGCUAGUGCUGUUCAUCAUCCAGGACAUCGCCAUCUUGUUCAACCUGAUCAUCAUUCUGCUGAUGAUGUUCAACACCUACGUGUUCCAGGUGGGCCUGGUGUCCCUGCUGCUGGAGAAGUUCAGGGCUCUGCUGAUAUUCUCUGCUCUGUAUUUGACGCUCAGCAUCUGCUUCCACUGCUGGGUGUUGAACCUUAGGUGGCUCGAGUCAAACCGUUUUGUUUGGACAGAUGGUCUUCAAGCUCUUUUCGUUUUCCAGAGAACAGCGGCAGUGUUGUAUUACUACUUGUACAAACGGACAGCAGAGUAUAUGGGAGACCCGAGGCUGUAUGAGGACUCUCUGUGGCUGCGGGACGCCUUCGCCAGAGCUCGUCAGUGAAGAAGAGACAUUGCCGAGAGACUUUUUAAAGGAGCUGCAAUGAAAGGCUGCAACGAAAGCCCUUCUGACAUUAUAACACUGGGCAUCAUCAUCAGCUAUUCUGAAUUUUAUACUAUUUUCAUAUUAAAAAAACAUUAAGGAUGAUGCUAAAUCUGAACCAGUGUGUUUACUGGCUCUUUGUAGCCAAGCGGGCAGUCGAUUAAAUGGUUUACAGUGGCAGGUAAGCCAACUUUAGUAGUACUGUAUUAAUGAGGAUUGUGUCUGUUAAUCUAUGUGGCCUUCGUAAAUCAAACUGCAGACAGAUAUGCAGCACACUAAAAGACUGUCAAGGAAAGAAUGAUGCAGGUGGCAAUUUGUACCAUUUGUAGGACACAUAAUAACAGCUUGUUGGAUAAGUUCUGUUGUUCCUCCACAUGAGGGAAAACUGUUGGUUUAUUUUGCCUUAUGUAAGGUUAGCAUGUGCUAUUUACAUGGUCAAUGUCAUUUCAAUAAGCCAAUUUCAUGUGAAACCAGUUGUCUUUGAGUGGGGAUCUUUGAAUCGUGUUCCCGCUGUUUUUAUUAAAUAAUCCUUCUCUAAUCCCGGUGUAAUCCUUCAUCACUAGGGUAGUCGGUGUUAUCCUGUAGACAAGGUGAAACAGACUGCUCUAUUUUUAAACACAAAGAUUAAUCGGGGAUUGAGGGUUUUAGGCGCCACUAGUGAAACGCACCAUAAAUAGUCUUCAGUGUGUCCAAAUAAACCUUCUAAUCUAAAGAACCCAGCGGGUCAAGUUCCAGUGAACUUCAGCUCUCAUCUAAAUAAACUUGUUAGUUAACAUUUUUUAUACAACAGUUAGUUCCGGCCCUGCAAUCUGAUUGGUGGAGAGACAGUAAAACCAUGAUGAUAUUGGAGUACAACAUCACGGUUAUUUCACUGUGUAUGUAUCACUCCGCCUCACAGCUGAUUGCAAUCAACAAUCAAAUCAAAACUGACGGUUAGUGUCAGUUAGGUCAGCAGUUGCGUUGUAGGCUAAUUAAUUCAUCCACUGUCAAACAGCCAAAAAUAUGGAUUUAUUUCCUAAAAUAAGUUUUGAAUUGAACUAUGAAUGGUCAUCAGAGGAAGAUGAGGGAGAGGAGAAGCUGAAUCCAUCUGAGCACACAUCCAGGUUUGUCAGUGUUUCAUCAGCGGAGCUCAAUGACUUGGAGAAAAGCAACAUACUGUCAGAUCAGAAGGCAGAGUCGGCUGUGCCUGUGAAGCGACAGUCCACCAUGCAGUCACCAGAGACUUAUUUCACCGGCUGCACAAUUAAUGGAAACGUGCAGAUAAAUGUGUAUAAAGAGUAAGUGCCUGGCGCACCAUGUCUGCGUUACAUAGCAACGGUGACAGCGGAGUCCUGAGGGAACUAUUUUUGUUGGCGGAAGACAAAUAAAAUGCUUAAAUUAUCUAUUUUGUCCUCAUUUUUCAACAUUUCUUAAUCAGCCUUGCUUAUUUAACUGUUGAACUGCUGUAUAAAAGCAAUAUCACACUCGAGCUCGUGAUGUUGUACUGUGAUAUCGUCACGGCUGUGAUUCAGUCAUAGGCACGAGGCCGCACAGUACAACAUCACUCCCUCUCGUGUGAUAUUGCUUAAAUAUAAUUGAUCCGUGGAUUGUUGCAGAUAUCAGGCUAAACAAAACAAAAAACAGACACCAAAAGUUGUACAAAUCCCCCUUUACUUGUGACAAGAAACCCAGAGUCCAUAUGAUCCCAAAAUGUUGUCAGUGCAGUCCAAUUAAAUCCAGUCCGCAUUGUGUGUGAUGUCGUUCGUUCCACUGGAAUGUGUCAUAUUCUUUUAAGUCAGUCACCCGAAACUGCA